AUGAUACCCAUCACUCAGAAUCUGCUGCAAACUCUGGAAAACCAGAACACUCAGAAUUCCACCGACUUAACGCUUUCUUCUGAGCUUCACACCGAACUCAACGCCAACAAGUGCAACGAAGAAGAAGAAGCCAUGAUACCUGACGACGACGGCACUCAGAAUCUGCUACAAACUCUCGAAAACCAAAACACCCAAACGCUCUCUUGUGAGUUUCGCACCAAACGAGAACAAAAAGAGGUUUCGACGGCACUGACGCUGUUUGAUAAAUCAUGGGUUUCUUCCAAUAAUAAGAGGAAAAGCACGCAAAAAGACGAAUACGCUACUGCUACUGCUACUUCCGUUUCUCACAAUUCCAUGGUGGCCUCCAACGCACAAGAAGAGGAGGGUACGUCGUCCAUGAUGACGCUGAGCGCUGUUUCUCCCUGGAAAAUCACGAAGACGCUCACGAAGAGUGAUAUUGGUAGUUCCAGCCGGCUCUUGCUGCAUCAAAGUCUUGUCCACACCCAUAUUAUGGCAUUCUUUAGUGCAGACUCGGUUAGGAAGAUCGAGAGUAACGGAUUGAGUGUAACAGUUUUCGAUCAAGAUUCAAAGUCCGAUUACGAGUUGGUUUUCAAGAAGUGGCCUUCAUCUAAGAGCUAUGUUUUCAAUGGAAAGUGGCACGAGGAUUUUGUGGCUAGGAGGAAAUUGAAGGUAGGAGAUAUCAUUGGGCUUUACUGGGAUCCAUGCCAUUCGAAGUUCAAUUUUUGUGUUCUGCAAACUGCACAUUAA